AUGCCAGAACCAUCUAUAAGUGCACUUUCCUUCACUUCGUUUGUCACUAAUGAUGACAAACUGUUUGAAGAGACUUUCAAUUUUUACACGAAGUUGGGCUUCCACGCAACACGCUCAUAUGUUAAAGACAACCGGUCAGACUUUGAAUUGACGGGGAUUUCCACGGAUUCAAUCAAGGAAAUCUGGCUGGAAAGUUUCCCACUAUCUGAAGUGGUCGAAACGUCAGCUGGUAGAGAGUUGAGAAAACCACUGCAAGAAUCUGUGGGCUACCAAUCUGAAGCUCUUCUGGGAUAUUCUCCCUACCAGAGUGACGGUGUUGUUAUAAAAUUAAGGUUAUCAAAUCAUGACCUUCAGAAAAACAAAGACUUGCCCGGUGAAGUUACGUUUUUCACCGCUAGUAUCGACAAAUUAAGAGCUAAACUCAUUGAAAUUGGUGCUGAGAUAAUUCCCUCAGAAAUAGACCUUGUUGAAUUUUCAACCAAGGAUCCUAUGGGCGACGUCAUUAGCUUUUCUUCUUAUCCCUCUUUGAGUUCCAAGAAGAUUACCUCUCCAGACUUUUUCCUCCACCCUAAGAAGGAAGUACGCUCCCAAGAAUCAAUAGUUGAGCAGGUUAAAUCUGAAGAAGGUAAGAAGAAGAUUGCCAUCAUAACUUCAGGUGGAGACGCACCGGGAAUGAAUGCUGCAGUAAGGGCUGUGACAAGAGCCGGUAUUUUCUAUGGCUGUAAAGUUUACGCUUGUUAUGAAGGUUACACUGGACUGGUUAAGGGUGGUGAUAUGUUAAAGGAACUGCAGUGGCAAGAUGUCCGUGGUUUACUUUCCAUUGGUGGUACCAUAAUUGGUACUGCAAGAAGUAAGGAAUUCAGAGAACGAUGGGGCCGUCUUCAAGCUUGCUACAAUAUGGUCAGCAAUGGUAUUGAUGCGUUAGUUGUUUGUGGAGGUGACGGAUCUCUUACAGGUGCCGAUCUAUUUCGAAAUGAAUGGCCUGAACUGAUAAAGGAACUUUUGGGUGAGGGCAAAAUUACAAAAGAACAAUAUGAAACACACAGAAACUUGACAAUCGUAGGUCUCGUUGGUUCUAUCGAUAACGAUAUGUGCGGAACUGAUUCCACAAUUGGUGCUUAUUCCUCAUUGGAGAGAAUCAUAGAGCUGGUAGACUACAUCGAUGCUACUGCCGCCUCCCAUUCACGAGCCUUCGUGGUGGAAGUCAUGGGUAGACAUUGUGGAUGGUUAGGUUUAAUGUCCGGAAUUGCUACUGGAGCUGAUUACAUUUUCAUCCCUGAAAGACCUCCAAGUGAAACAAACUGGAAGGACGACUUGAAGAAAGUCUGUUUGAGACAUAGAGAGAAAGGACGCAGGAAGACCACCGUUAUUGUUGCUGAAGGUGCUAUUGAUGACCAACUGAACCCUAUCACUUCUGAAGAGGUGAAAGAUGUACUAGUGGAGAUUGGUUUGGACACUCGUAUUACCCGUCUAGGACAUGUCCAAAGAGGUGGAGCUCCGUGUGCUUUUGAUAGAUUCUUGGCCACUGUUCAAGGUGUUGAUGCUGUUAGGGCUGUUUUAGAAAGCACCCCAGCAAUUCCUUCUCCUGUCAUCAGCAUUUUGGAGAACAAAAUUGUUCGCCAGCCGUUGGUGGAAUCUGUUGCUCAAACAAAGACUGUCAGUGAUGCUAUCGAGGCCAAGGAUUUCGAUAAAGCUUUGAAAUUAAGAGACCAAGAGUUUGCCACAUCAUAUGAGAGCUUCCUGUCCGUUUCCAAGUAUGACGAUGGAUCAUAUCUAGUACCAGAGAGCUCAAGAUUAAAUAUUGCCAUCAUCCAUGUGGGAGCUCCAACAUCUGCGUUGAAUCCUGCCACAAGAGUUGCUACUUUGAACUCGUUGGCAAAAGGACACAGAGUUUUUGCUAUUCGAAACGGAUUUGCAGGAUUAAUUCGCCACGGCGCUGUACGAGAGCUCAACUGGAUUGAUGUUGAGGACUGGCACAACACAGGUGGGUCGGAGAUUGGUACCAACAGAAGUCUUCCUAGUGAUGAUAUGGGCACUGUGGCGUACUACUUCCAGCAAUACAAGUUUGAUGGUCUUAUUAUUAUCGGUGGAUUUGAAGCUUUCACAGCUCUGUACCAGCUGGACGCAGCUCGUGCUCAGUAUCCUAUCUUCAAUAUUCCAAUGUGUUGUCUUCCAGCUACUGUUUCUAAUAACGUUCCUGGUACCGAGUAUUCCUUAGGGUCUGACACAUGUCUAAACACCUUGUCUGGAUACUGUGAUGCUGUGAAACAAUCUGCUUCUGCUAGUAGAAGAAGAACAUUUGUUGUGGAAGUUCAAGGUGGAUACUCAGGAUAUCUUGCCAGCUACGCUGGUCUGAUCACAGGAGCUUUGGCUGUUUAUACUCCUGAAAACCCAAUCAACCUUCAAACAGUGCAGGAAGACAUUGAAUUGUUGACUCGAACAUACGAGGAAGACGAUGGUAAGAACAGAUCGGGUAAAAUCUUUAUUCAUAAUGAAAAGGCUUCAAAGGUUUACACCACGGAUCUGAUUGCUGCUAUCAUAGGUGAAGCUGGAAAGGGUAGGUUUGAGAGCCGUACUGCCGUGCCUGGUCAUGUACAACAGGGUAAAUCUCCCUCAUCUAUUGACCGGGUUAAUGCCUGCAGACUGGCUAUCAAAUGUUGUAACUUCAUCGAGGACGCCAAUUUCCAGGUGAAACACAAUGCCAAUUUGAGCGCCGACGAACGUCAUUUGAGAUUCUUUUACGAUGACGGAGUUAAGACAUCUGCAGUGAGCGGCAAAUCUUCCGUGAUAGAUGAUAACACGUCAGUGGUCAUUGGAAUCCAAGGUUCCGAGGUUACAUUCACUCCUGUAAAACAGCUAUGGGAGAAGGAAACUCAUCAUAAGUGGCGAAAGGGUAAGAACGUUCAUUGGGAGCAGUUGAACAUUGUCUCUGACCUCUUGAGUGGUCGUUUGUCUAUUCGUACCACGUAA